UGCCCGCAGUGAGCUGGCAUGGGUGCUGGGGAAGCUGGCAGACCAACAGGGUUGCUGCAGAUCCUGAGACUGUCUCAGCCUUUGGCCAUCCUGUCCUAAUGUGCUCUGUAGACCUUGCUCAACACAAAAAUUACUGCAUCAGUGCAAAGGAACAUGGCUCUCCACAGUGUGAAUACCACUGCAGGCAGUAUCUUUCCUCUUCAGCUGCAGUUCUUCAGUGCACAGGCUCUUCAGCUGUUUUUCCAGGGCCUAUGAAAGGUGUCUGAGAGUCAUGUCCUUGAGAGAGUCAUGGAGGUUCUCAAGUGAUUUGAAGAGUACUUGUCCUCUAGUAGUAGGUAAGGUGUUGGAUCAUAGAGACUUUCAGUCUGUAUAAGGAAUAGUUUUUUGGUGUAACAUAAGGAAAUGGGGCAUCAAAUGAUGGUGUCAUCAAUAGAAACUUGACAACUCAAGUUUUCUUUUACUUUUUCUGGUGCAGACAGGUUUAUUUCAGUCUGGUUGUGUUAUGACUACAUAUUAUGAAUUCAGGCACUUCCUGCAAACAUCCUAGAAAUACAGAAAGAUUUAGGGAAUUGAGACCAGUGGAUACCUACAUAAAAUUAUUGGGGUACUGGAUAAAAUUGUGGUAAUUGCCUGCAAGAAUUUUAUCUAGGAGACAUUCCCGAAUAUGUGCACUGUCAUUUGCAGUGGUUGUGUUCCAGUUAUGCAAACUAUUCCUGAGAGAGCAUUCUGGAGAUGUGGUCCCUUUAUCUCCUUGUACUGAGUCUGGCUGAGUGUCAUAACCUACUUACCUGCAUCCUCUACUUCUGCCUGGAUAAAUGCGUGCCAGCUUUGCCUUGACCCAGUUAGUACAACGAUGUUAGCAGUUGUAUACCAGAACUGAUAAAAGCUGAAAAACGCAGGAAGAUGUAAAUAACAGAGGCCAGGAUAUCUUCAAGAUAUCGAGAUGACAGUGCUUUAAUUCACAGAGCAGUCCCUGACUCCUCGUUCCAGCAGGUUUUUGUUAUGUAACUGCCACCCACAAGCAAAGACGAAAUGAUCCUCACAGGUAUAAUUUUGCAGUCUUCUUGACCUCAGCAGUGUUAGGCUGAUUACCUUCUGGUAAUGGCGUGCUGGGAUUCUCAGUGAUUUAUAAAAUGAAACCAUUGUAUUUGUUCAAAUGUAUACAAACAGAUCAGAGUGUAUAAAUAUUUGGGAUCUGUGAAUUUUCAGCAAAAGUUGUCCACCCCUGUGCAUGUCUAUCAGUUGUUCAGAAGUUGCUCAGGCUCACCCACAGAGUAUGUUACUGGGGGAAAAAAGAAAAAAAAAAAGUGGAGUACAGGAGGCUGGAUUUGAAGAAAUGCUGUUUUAUUUCAGUUCCUUUUGCUCUUUUAAAAUACUUUCUGGAAGCUUUGCAUUGUGAUUGUGUUUUAUCACUUCAUAGAUGUCCAGGUAUCCUGAUUGCCAACAAAAUGAAGCUUUUACUGAAAGUAUUUAUUUACUGAUAUCCUCCAAUCAGAAAGAUUUACAUAACUAGUUGAAUUACAUGCUAAAAAGAUAAACAGUAAGUUUACAAACCAGAUGAUUUAACCCCUUAAAUGUUUUGGACUCUUUUUGUGUAAGAAGUGAAAUAUUUUAUAAAGAAUGCAGAGAGACAGGUUCUUAUUUUAUAGCUUUAAAAAAAAAAAACAAACAAUGGUGGCUAUGUAAGAAAGCAUUAAAUGUAGCACUGAUUAUUUCUGGCGGGUUUUGAUUCUUUGUGAGAUCUGGUUGGUUUGUUUUUUAAAAGAAAGGAACACUUGUAGUUACUGGAAUUGCUCACUGCUCAUCCUUGUCUGACAUUUCACCUGCUUUGUGUGCUGGCUUUUUAGAGAAUGGGAAGUAAAACAGUUUUUCUGCUUUCUCAAGACCAGUUUUAUGUCAGAAUUGAUAAGUAAUUAAUGAAAACCGAGUGGCAUUAUCCUUGCUUCCUCUGUUCUUUGUUUCUGCAGCCCAGGCUCUGUAGUUAUAAAGCACCAAAGACUUUUCCGCUCAACAUGGAGAACAAGUAAAAUGUUUAUUUAUUUUUCUUUGAGAAAUCUGCACUUAACCAAAGGUAUCUUGAAAGUGUGUAAGAGCUCAUUCUUUAAGAUGAGAGGCCAACCUACCGUCUUUCUCAUUCCUAAUCCUCCUCAGUAAUCCUAAUCCAUUUCAGACCUGUAACCUUUCUUAAGCAUCACAUGGGAGAACAUUCUUAAGGCUGCUCAGAACAACUGUGCAGUAAAUAAAUCGAAGGAUCUGCACUCCCUGCAGAACAGCACAUGUGUUUUAUUCUGCAGCUCUUGAAGGCAAUGGCAGUUUCUUCUGCAUGCCUAAGAGAACAACUUAUUUAAUUAUUCAGAUAUCUGAAUCUGUAAUCAGGUAAAUCAGAGACUAUUGAUCACUUUGUUACUGAACGGCGAUUAUAUAAGCAGAAGAAAAAAAAAGUGGAGAGCAAGCUUCUUUUGUGUGUAUUUUAGUAAGUCCUUAAGCUAGCAACUGGUGGCAAGGUAAGUUGUAUUUUUCUUUUCUCUGUAACAGUGCUUUUUGUUCAGAAGUAGUUACUCGGCACCCAUAGUUUGAGAUGAAAUGUCCUUUUACAUGUCAGGGUGUAUAAAUCUAUGGUUGGGACUUUCUAAGUUCUCCUUUUUGGCAUUGCUGUAACUGUACACGUGCAGAGUUCAGCACAUAUAUAAAAUAAAUCAAGUUUCACCAUCAUGUUUCCAGCUACGAGCAGUGCUGAGUCUGAUGUACACGUGGGACAUGAGUAUUUAAUCUAGGAGGGAAAGGAAGGAUCAUCACUUUCUCUAGUGCUAGUGAGCAUUUUAUUCUUGUGAAAAUUAUUUGACUUUAUUUAUUUAUUUCGUUGGUGGCUUUUAAGUGUCAUGUUGAUAAAUUUUGUUUCACUCUCACAUCUCUCUUUCACUGUUUUCUUCCUAGUAAACUCUCAGUGAGCACAUUUUGUUUUCUUGUUGCCUUCCAGAUUCUAUUCACCUCUUCCCUCAGUCAUCCAAAUGUCUGUAAAAUGUAGUAGUGGGAACUCAGUUGUGAUAUGAAAAAUGUGUGGUCUUAGGAAAUGUGCUGCUUUGAUGUUAGCUCCAUGUGCUGGAGCAGCCUGUUGCUCCUUACGAGGAGGCUUUUGAUUCACGGGGAUGGAGCCCCAAAUUCUGCACAGAUCUGUAAUCUGGACAAGCUCAGUGAUGUUACAGUGCAUAGAAUUUGAUUCAAAAUGAUGCCACUUGCAUUGAUUUUGAAAUGAUUAAAUUAAUACUUGAAAAAAAUCCACUUUUAGGGUUUUGUCGUUGGUGUUUUGGACUGGUAGUUUGUUCACGUGUUUUGUUCGUGGGUUUUUUUUUUCUUUAAUUGAGACACAUGGAUUUAUGCAAGUUUUCCUUUAUUUGCUUUUUUGUGUUAUUAUAUCAUAGGGUAGCAUUAAGCAAGUCAGCAGCUUGUGUUGCAAAAUCAAAUAUAUUAUGCCAUGGCUUGGGAAAUGCAUGUGGAGUACAGCUGUUAGAUAGUUCCCCUGCCUUUCCAGUGCUAACUCAGGUGAAGUGGAAACAUGCAUCUCCUGUUUGCAUCUGAUCUUUUGCUGUUCUGUUAGUUGUGCAGCUUUUUAGUCCAUGCAUUUUUUAAUGUUUCAGUUCUGGUGUAACUGCAUACGUGAGGGCUCACACCUGUUUUACUUAGCAUGCGAUUGUUAGAGGAUGCUCUAUGCAGCACUGCAUCCCAGGGGAAAGUCACAAGCUAAGGCAAAUGAAUGUAUUGCAGCUUCUCAAAAGAAGUGCAGGAAGCGUAUUUCAGAAGACUUCUGAAUGCACCAGAGAAAACCACAGCAUCUCUGCAGGAGGGGAACAAUGGCAAGAACAAGACAAGGAAUAGGGAGCUAGCUGUUUCACAUAUGCAUCAUUUUAUCUCAAAUACAUAUGCAGUCUACAUUUGAGGCAGUGCCACUGUCAUUGGGUAUUUCAGCCUGCAUUUUAUGGGUCACCUUUUCUUUGAAACAGUUUUAGGUAUAGGAAGGACAUAUUUCACUGUGGGGUGGGUGAGGAAGGAUCACAGGUGCUGAGCAGUUGGUUUGACUUCGUUUCUUCCUCACUCCUCUCAGCCCUGAAGCAGGUUUCAUUUCUUUGGAUUCUCUGAUUUAUUGCAUUGCACUCCUUUGCUCAGGCUGGGGCCUUCAGAAGAAUCUGAGACAACAAAGUCAAAAAGUUGCUGGCUGCAGGAAUUGCUUGGGAGAGACCUUUUAAACAAAUAAGAGAACUAGGUAGGAGCACUCUGCAGGCGCUCCUGAUACUCGAUCAUCCCUCUGUUUGGAUGGCCAGAACUUAUCCUUAAAGUAGGACUGUGCAAUAGCAAAUGGUUGAGUUGGUUGUCUUGUUUCGCUGGAACAGGAGGAAAUAAGGAAGAGUUUUAUUUUGUGUCUCUAAAAGUGAUCUCAAAUCCAAGGCCAUAUUUUAUCAAAACAGAUAUGUGGUACCACUGAACGCAUUGUAGGUACAUACUUAAAAUGUGUUCUUCGUUGUUUUUGUUUUAAACUUAUCUGGCAGUGUUCUAGCUCCUGAAAAAGGAAUUUUUCUUAUGCUGGUAUUUUUAAAGGUAUCUUUAAAGCAUCCACCUUCCUUUGAGGCUGGCAGUGUCAGGUUCCUGAGAUACAGCUGGGCACACAGGUUGUGUCAUCCUGAUCUGUGGAGGAACAGUUGGCCGCACUAGCCGUGUUUCAGGGCUUUUUCUUGAAGCUAGCCUGAAUCUGCUCCUGUGAGCUAAUUGCUCCCAUUUAGUAGGCAGAGCAUGUCCUCUGGUGUCAUUUCAUCUAAAAGGAACCUGUGCUGGGCUGUUUCAGAUCGCCGUGCCGCAUAUACCAGAAUGCAGUGAGUAGAGAUGGUUGGAGAUGUCUCUAGAGUGAAUCAUUCAUAUUAGAGCUGUUAGUGGAUAUAGCUCAUAAUUGUUGAAAUCUUCAGAUGUGUCUCUUUGGGAAGGCAUUUUUGUUUGAACAUCCAUACAGGAAUUCUAAGUCUACACAUAGGAAUUCCGAGCUUGAAAAUCUAUUUUUCCUGAAGUGGGAUGUGUCCUACAGGAGGUGACAAGGAAUGGCCUUAAUUGCUAGAGCUUUGGAUUUUUUUGUGUGCGCAAUUGUCCGCUUAAGUAGUUAAUAGUCUGAAAAGCUUCAGAGUAACUGCAUUAUGGAAUGUAAAUACUGUAAAGCACCAGAUGUAUUUGGGCAUAAUUUGCAGUGAUUUCAGGCCACUUAUGGCACUGAUAUUAAAUAAUAGAGUAAAAGUAGAGUGAGUGAUAUUUUGUUAGCAACAUUGUGAAGUAUUCUCCUGUUGCAUCAUCUGUACAGCAUGAAGUUGUGCAGUUCCGCAUUCUGGGCAGGACAGAAAACUUCAUUGUUUUAUCCAUCUAGAAACUUUCUGCGCUGACAUUUAGUUCAGUAUGGAUCAUCUCCCUGAGCAAGGAGUGCACAUGUACCUUACACAACACCGGAUGUGUCCCUUCAAUUAGCAUUUCUGCCCAUCUGUAGCUAUUUUGAGAGGUAGAAAGAGAGCGACUAGGCAAAAGGGCUGCAGGAAGUGAGAAAAGAAGGGAUUCUCCCUUCUCUAAUGGGAAGAAGUGCCUCUGCAGUCCUACAGUUCUGGCCCUUCAGAAGACUUUGAGAUGUGGUCUCCUGCUAGUACCAGACCUAGCAUUGAUUAAGGUAAUUUUUUCCUUCCUUUUCUUUCUUGGCUUUCUCCCCUGUACCCAGUUCUGGUACCCAGUUCUUUCCAGAAAGAAAACAAAAAACACCACAACUUUAAAAUUCUUUGUGAUACAGCCAGGAACUGCUUUAAGAAGUUACACAUGGAGUUUUAUUUUUUCUACCUUCCCCUCCUCCCAGAGGAAAUGUCUGACAGUGGAAGGCACCCUGAUUGUCCUCAGAGUGAGAGGUUUCAGAAUUUUGACCUAUUCUUGAAACAGGAUCCUUUUGCUCUGAACAAAGCAAGCGGAGAGGUUAGCACAAGUCUGGCUGUUCUGUCCCUUGAUGCUGGCCAGGACCUGAGUAGUUGAUGGCAUCGUACGCCCCCGCACUCAAGCAGAUCCAUGAGGUGAAGAAAAGCAGUGUUUAUUUAACAAAGCUGAUUAUUUUCUUAUGAUAGCUAAUUGUUAUUUUAGACUUAUCUCCCCUCAUGCUGUGGAACUGCAAAUAGAUUUAAAUACCAUAUGUGUGUUCAUCCCUCAUAACGAGAGUUAUCCUUCACAGAAGUAUUUAUGCAUGAAUCUUUGCAGAUGCUGAAGUGUUGCCAAAUCAACUUAAUUACCUUGAUGCUUCCAGAUCAGUAUAAAAAAAUAUUUUUUCUAUUGUUCUGCUGUACAAAUGCCUCCAAUAUGCAGUUAUGGAGUAUUUUAGCACUUUUUGCCUUAACCAGCUGCUUUAGCUGUGCAUGCGUGAGGGAAGAGGUAUCAUUAGGAUUCAGAGCUCAAUCAUGCUUAUUUUCUGGUAGCAUUUGAAAUGGAGGUUCACAUCAAAGACAAACAUAUUGCUAAGAGUUUAGAAACCUAAAAUUAAACACGUGGAACAUUGUGUGAAUACACAAAUGCUUGAUUUAUCCAUCGACUGGACAAUUACAGUAACUAGAUAUGUAACACAUGAAAAGUGCCAGAAUUGCUCCUAUUCAUACAGCUGACUUGAAAUUUGAAACAGUAAGACAGGAAUCCUCAUGUCAGAUGGUCUAAAAGACAAUCGAGUAGCUGGAAACACGUGUUAGCAGAAAAGGUACUUGGGUACAAGACAGGACAUCCGCUUCUUGAUCUUAAUAAGUGUUAAUAUAUUUAAUUAUAGACUCAGCACUGUGGGACAUGUUGCAGCAGUUUGGAUUCUGAUCAAAUGCUUUCCUGCAUUUCUUGUGUGGUUUUGGUGAUACUGAGCCAGACUGUGGCAUUCUAGGAGUACCAGUUGGAAAACAUGGGAUCUGGUAGUUCUGUACAUGCCAACUACAAGUACUCUCUACAGAAGUCUGAAAAUGCUUUCAAGGCAGCUGUUCUAAUCCAAAGGUGGUAUCGGCGCUAUGUUGCUCGCCUGGAAAUGCGCCGACGGUGCACUUGGACAAUCUUUCAAUCCAUUGAGUAUGCCUGUGAGCAGGAUCAGAUCAAGCUUCACAACUUCUUCAGUUACCUCAUGGACAACUUCACACCAAGCAGCAGUAAAGAAAGGGAUUUUAUCAGUCGCAUGUUCAUAAGUGGAGAAAGCUUCAAAGAAGCAGAGCUGGAGAAGUACUGUGACUAUGAAUCCCUGGAGGUGCCAGACUCCUACACUGGACCCCGUCUCUCUUUCCCACUCCUUCCUGACCAUGCGACUGCCUUGCUGGAAGCUUUCAAACAAAAACAACAGCUCCACGCUCGCUAUGUCUUAAACCUUCUACAUGAGACCAGGAAGCACCUCAAGCAAUUGCCAAACAUCAGUCAUGUCUCCACCUGCUAUAGUGAGGAGGUCACUGUGUGUGGAGACUUGCAUGGCCAGCUGGAUGACUUGUUCCUCAUAUUUUAUAAGAAUGGCCUUCCUUCUCCUUCCAAGUCCUAUGUGUUCAAUGGGGACUUUGUAGAUAGGGGCAAACAGUCCCUUGAGAUCCUCAUCAUCCUCUUUACCUUCCUCUUGAUAUAUCCAAAAGAGGUUCAUCUCAAUCGUGGGAACCAUGAAGACCACAUGGUCAACUUACGGUAUGGGUUCCUCGUGGGGCUGAUGACAAUGUCAAGGGUAUCAUUGCAAAAUCUUACUUAACUCUGUUCCUGUAGGUAUGGUUUCACCAAGGAAGUCAUGCAGAAAUACAAGUUGCAUGGGAAGAAAAUCUUGAAGAUGAUUCAGAAUGUCUUCUGCUGGCUACCUCUGGCCACCUUGAUUGAUCAGAAAGUCCUUGUUAUACAUGGGGGUGUCUCUGAUACUACUGAUCUGGACAUGCUUGAGAAAAUCCAAAGGAACAAAUUUAUUUCUGUAUUGAGAGGCAAGAAAAGAAAAGAGUCAAACAGAAAUGUGGAAAUAAAGGAAAUAAAUGGGGAGAGCCAAGCAGAGCCUGAUUCUGCAGGGAAUGAGAUAACGUCCAGCUUACCCUCACAGCCCCGACCAACCCAGGCUCCCAGCAUGACCAACAGGGUGGAGUUCUCCAGGUGGGUCCGGCAGACAGUGCAGGAACAAAUCGAGUGGUGCCGCAAGUUGGUGGACAUCAGCGAUUCGGAGGAGGAGGAGCUCACUUGCUCCAGUUUGGUCUCCUUAACAGAUUUGGAUGGGCCGUGCUGGACUCGGCAAGAGGAGUGGAAGCAGAUUUUAGACAUUCUCUGGAGUGACCCCAUGCCUCAGGAGGGCUGCAGAGAAAAUACGGUGCGAGGUGGUGGCUGCUACUUUGGGCCUGAUGUGACGGGCAAGAUCCUUGAGAAGUACAACCUGCAGUUCCUCAUCCGCUCCCAUGAGUGCAAGCAAGAGGGCUAUGAGUUCUGUCACAACCGGAAGGUACUGACCAUCUUUUCAGCCUCAAACUAUUAUGAGAUUGGCAGCAACAGGGGAGCCUAUGUGAAGCUGGGGCCAGACCUGGUGCCCCAUUUUGUUCAGUACCAAGCAAACAAGACAGCUCACACUCUCACCAUGACCCAAAGAAUCAGCAGAGUAGAGGAGUCAGCCUUCCGAGCCCUGCGGGAAAAGCUGUUUGCUCACACCUCUGCCCUCAUCAGUGCAUUCAAGCUGUACGAUAAAGACAAUACAGGAAAGAUCACGCUGAGCAACUGGGCAACGGCAGUGGAGUCAGUCUUGCACCUGGGAUUGCCGUGGCGGAUGUUGAGACCACAGUUGGUGCGCAGCACAGCAGAUGGCAUGCUGGAGUACAAGUCCUGGCUUGAUGAUUUGGCCAUGGAGCAGAGGAGCCAAGAGCACAUCCAGUCGAGCUUGCUGGAAGUUAUCUAUCGAAACAGAUCCAACCUGGAGACCAUAUUCAGGAUCAUAGACAGAGAUCAUUCAGGUCUCAUCUCAUUUGAGGAGUUCCACCAAACCUGGAAGCUGUUCAGCUCCCACAUGAACAUUGAACUCACAGACGAUGGCAUCAAUGACUUAGUUCGCAGCAUUGAUUUCAAUAAAGAUGGAAACAUUGACUUCAACGAGUUCCUAGAAGCUUUCCGCCUUGUCAAACAGUCCCAGUAGUGAGAACCCAGGGCAGGUCAUCACAUCCAAUGCCUUGUCUGCAAAGCCAGAAGGACUGCUUCCAACCUAACUGCAGAGCAUGCCCGCAGCUACAAACCAGAGAACAGGAAGGCAGGUUCCUGGUGCUCUUCACUGAAGACAGGAACCACCCAGCCAACAGCUGUGAUCCAUUUGGGGAAGGUAAUGAUAAAAUAGAUAAGUUAUACCACAAUUAUGACUGCAUUUUAAAAGGAACUGUGUUAUAAAUAGAAAACUCUGCUCAAGGGGAGAUGCGAGUUAGUUUCUCUCAUCAAUGCAGGUCAUGAAAUUUUAAAAGUCUAUUCACAUUAAGUAAAAUUAAAGUAAAGGUAGUUAUUGGAGGCGCUGCUUUACUAGGUAGCAAUUGCUAGAGCACAGUCUUCCUUAAUAAUAAACUUUUCUAGAUGCCUUGUUCUGGGCUGUUCAUCAUGCCUUCUCUAGAUUUUCAGUUCUACUAAAAACAGUACUAUUUCUGUGACAACAUCUAUUUCUCCCAUUGUUCCUUUGCUUCAGUAAGAUAUAUCUACUAAAAAUAUGCAGUGGAGCAACACAUAGAAAAAAUAAACUACCAUCAUCUCAUAUGUACAAAACAGUCUCUCCCCCAGGGCUCUUAAAUCUGCCGAGGAUACCCUUUUGAUACUAACUACUCCCCAGCUAAAGCAAUGCUGCUGUAUGCUUGAGGUCGUUCAAUUUUGAAGCAUGAUGCAACUACAGCUUAAAAAGCAGUGGGGGAGCACUUAAAUUUUUAAAUAAAGUGCAAAGAAAACACAAACUCUCUUUCUCUCAUAUCUGCAGCAGAAUCAUUCUAGCAGGGGUGCUAUGGCCUUUGUAAUCAACUUCUUGGGCUAAUGAACAAAAUUCUGUCUCUAAGAUGAGUUGUAAAUGUGCUGUACAACCUUCUCCUUCAGGGAAUUAUGUAUUUUUCAGUUAUUUUCUGUGGCUUGAGGCAACUUGAGGACAGAAAAGGUGCUUCUCCAGUGCCUCUAGUACCACUCUGCAGUACUUGGUAGUAGGUAGGAUCUAAGGGGUGCAACCUUGUAUUUCAGUUUGGGGACUGAAGCUGUUAAAGAGUGCUGUGGCAUCAAACUGAAUAGCUUGUUACAUGC